GCUGAGGGGGCAAGCCAGGCGGGGAGGCUGACAUCACCGCAGUGGCAGCCCUUUAAACCCCUCACCCAGCCCGUGCCCCAUCCUGUCUGCCAAGCCCAGACGGAGCCACACACCUUGCUGCCAGCCCUGAGGAAGCCCUGUGACUCUGUUACAACAUGGCCAACAAGGGUCCUUCCUAUGGCAUGAGCCGUGAAGUGCAAUCCAAAAUCGAGAAGAAGUAUGACGAGGAGCUGGAGGAACGGCUGGUGGAGUGGAUCAUAGUGCAGUGUGGCCCUGAUGUGGGUCGUCCAGAUCGUGGCCGCCUGGGUUUCCAGGUCUGGCUGAAGAACGGUGUGAUUCUGAGCAAGUUGGUGAACAGCCUGUAUCCUGAUGGCUCCAAGCCAGUUAAGGUCCCAGAGAAUCCACCCUCCAUGGUGUUCAAGCAGAUGGAGCAGGUGGCUCAGUUCCUGAAGGCAGCUGAGGACUAUGGGGUCACCAAGACUGACAUGUUCCAGACUGUUGAUCUCUUUGAAGGCAAAGACCUGGCAGCAGUGCAGAGGACUCUGAUGGCUCUGGGCAGCUUGGCAGUGACGAAGAAUGAUGGGCACUACCGUGGAGAUCCCAACUGGUUUAUGAAGAAAGCCCAGGAGCAUAAGAGGGAAUUCACAGAGAGCCAGCUGCAGGAAGGAAAACAUGUCAUUGGCCUUCAGAUGGGCAGCAACAGAGGGGCCUCCCAGGCCGGCAUGACGGGCUACGGAAGACCUCGGCAGAUCAUCAGCUAGAGGGGGGAGGGCCACCCUGAGCCCUGCUUGCCCCUGCCCGCUGGCUGCAGCCAUCCCGCUUAGCCUGCCUCACCCGCGGCUGUGUGCUUCUUAGCCCUGUCCAAGUGUUAAGGCUGUCACUGGGCAAAGGAGACUGCGCAGCAGCAGCUCUUUGUACCCCCCUCCCCCAGCCUCAGCCCUACUUCUUACCCCAAAGCGCCACUGCCCCACCCCUCCUCCCAGCUGCACCCCCACCUCUACUGUCUCCCCAUCCUAGGCCGAGCAGGGGGACAUGGGCUGGGAUAGUGUGGGUGUGGGGCAAGCCCACUGUCUUCCUUGGCAGCAAGAGCCCACUGAAAGAGCCCCAGCCCAGCUCUCUCCCAUCUUUUCCUGGAAUACUUUUGGGGUUGAAAUUCAAAAAGGAAAAAUAUAUAUAUACAUCCAUCUUUUCUCAG